CGGCCCUUGUUGACGUCUUUCUGGUUUUCCCCGGCAGACGCUGAACGACACCCGCAGCCAGCAUGACUGAGUUAAAGAAGAUGACGUCCGGCCGACGACACCAUCUGAAGAGUGUGAUGCUCCAGAUCGCCGCCACCUGGAUAGAGCAGGAGAGCAAGGACCUGCUGGUGGCCAAGGAGGCCUACAUGGCCGAGAACUGCCCCGCCCCCGACCUCAGCGGAGACAUGGCCAGCCUGCUGGAAAUCUGCAAGAAGAUCUACUCGGCCAUCGACAAGAUCGACGACAGCAGAUACGACGUCGAGGUCAAAGUGCAGAAAUCGGACAUCGAGAUCCAGGACCUUAGGUUGAAGGUGGUGGAGCUGGCGGGCGUCAAGAAGCCGGCGCUGAAGAAGGUGCGCAUGUCGGCCGACGCCAUGCUGCAGGCGCUGCUGGGCGGCAAGCACAAGACAACCAUCGACCUGCGCUCCAACCUCAAGCAGGUCAAGAAGGAAGUCAAAGAGGAGAACACAGAGGCGGGCGACUGGCGUAAGAACAUCGAGGACAAAGCAGACAGGAAGAAGAUGUUUGAGACUUCCUGAACGGCGAAAGACGAGCAGGCCUGCCUCAUUUCACCUUUGACCCGAUUAUUCAUGUCCAAACUUUUCAUCUCUCUAGAAAUAAACACAUUCACUAAUUUUAUCCCCACUUUUACUCCCUUGAAAAAGAUGAGAGUGAUGAUAAAAAUAACAAAUAGUGAGUUCGAGUUGCAUGGACAAAGGAUUAAUGUGGCAGUCAGUGAUAGUUGGGCUCAAUGGCUCCCCCUGCUGGAGCAUUAGCACUAGCACACCUCCAAAAAGACUAUUUCUUCAAUUUCAAUGGAUAAUAUUCUACUUUUGUACAUUUGAAAUUAAAAUAAACGCAUGAUUCCACAUAAAUUAAAUAAAAACAAAGUAGUAUACUUGAACUAAAUAAAAUAUAAAA